ACCGCCACCACGGUCCAGGCUGUACACCUCGCAGCGAGCCCCCAUUCCUCGCGCACCUGUAAAUACAGGUUGGCGUGCAUCGUUGGCUUCUCUCAUAUCGAUGUCCACCACGGGGCUUGACUCGUCCACCGCUGCGACAGAGAAGCCAGUUAGGGUGUACCAAGCUCCAGAGCCUUUGCCUUCGACCCUGGCUAGUCCCUCCGUCUUCCUCGCUGGCACGAUAACAGGGACAGACUGGCGUGCGGAUGUCAUCCGGCGGCUAGAGCACCUCCUAAACACCAAUCGAAAUCCAAUCACCCUUCUCAACCCGUUGCGGGAGGACUGGGACAGUAGCUGGGUGGAGCGCAAGACCGACAAGCGGUUCUGUGAGCAGGUCGCAUGGGAGUUGGAUGCUCAAAAGCUGGCGGACAUGAUCGCGAUCUACUUGCAUCCCGGCACUCCCUCCCCCAUCUCCCUACUCGAGCUCGGCUUAUCUGCCCGCGACAAAGGGAAGGUGGUGGUGUGUUGUCCAGAUGGAUUCCCCAGGAAGGGCAAUGUGGAGAUCGUUUGCGAGCGGUAUAAGAUCGACCUGGUCGAGACGCUUGAGGAGCUUAUCGAAAAUAUAGCCAAGAAAAUAGGCGCUUGUCGUCCGCAUACGUAGUGCUCUAGAUAGUGCUCCAUCUCCGUUCGAGUUAACGCCUCUCCAUUGUAUUGCAUCUCACUUUGAGCCCGCACCGGAAUAGCCUUCAGGUGCCCC